GGUAGAUGGCGUUGUUUCAAGCUUUUAUACUUCUGUUGUUCUCUACGAGAUGGUAAUCUCUAUCAUUUCUACAGUGUUCUCGAGUGUUUAGUGUUUUUCAGAAUUUUUUUUAUUAAAAAUCUUCACAUUUUUGUGAAUGAAAACAUUUUAUUAUUUUUAUCUCACGUGUACUCCGUUUCUUCGAUAAUAAAAACUUAUAUGACGGAUCCUAACCUAUCGAAGAAAUUUCUGCACGCCUGUCAAAGUGGAGAUUUAUCAAGAGUAGAAACUCUUGUAUCCAAAUAUGAUAUUCAAGAUUGGACAUUCUUCCGGCAUUUGUCUUCUGGUGAUACCGCUUUGCAUGUUGCUACUCGUGCGGGUCAUUUAAAUAUCGUUCGAUAUUUAUAUGAAACUUUCGAGAAACCAGACUUUAAAGUCGAUGUUGCCAAUAAAGAUAUGAAAAGACCAUUACACGAGGCGGCACAGUUUGCUCGUAACGAUAUCGUGAAGUAUUUAAUUGAAAAAGGUGCAACCAUAGACGCAUUGAAGCGCGCUGAUUGGACACCACUCAUGCUGGCUUGUACAAAAACCGGAAACGAUGCAUACGAAUGCGUUGCCGCGCUUUUGAAAGCAAAAGCGAAUCCAUUUUUGCGAAAUAAAGACGGAUGGACACCGUUACAUUUGAUUUGUCGUUCUGGCAAUGAAGAUGCGUUCGAUUUAUUGGUGAGUCAGUUUACUAGAUGCAUCGAUGAUCGAAGCAAUAAUGGCCGAAGCGCUAUACACAUUGCUGCAUUUCACGGACACGAAGGUUUAGUCGACCGACUUUUGGCGCUUGAUUCGAAUUUUCUGAAUGCGCGAGAUUCCACAGGAUCCACUCCUCUUCACGAAUCUGUUAAAGGAGGUCAUCUAAUCGUGACGAAACGAUUAAUAGAUUUGGGAGCUGAUGUUAAUGCUACAGAUAAUAUUGGUCAAACCAUCUUACACGUAGCAGCUAUAAUUGGAAACGAAGAAGCUGUAAAAAACAUUUUAGAAAAUUAAUCGAGAGUAAGUAAAAAGAAACAGGGGAUUAAAUAAAUUGUUCUCUUUUUUU